AAAUGAAUCAUACUUAUUUGAUCAUUCGUUUAUAAAGAAUUAAAGUAUAUAAGAUAAAUUUCUACAUAUUUGGUUAACUAGCAGUCUUUAUUUUUAAAUAAAUUAAUAAAUUCUCUACUAUUUGGUAGUAAGUAAUACUCAAGAUAGUGGAGUAUUUCUUUAAAAUAUUUUUUUGCUUUAACAAUGUCUUCUCGUAAAACCGCUGGUCGUCGCGCUACCACAAAAAAGCGAGCGCAACGCGCCACAUCAAAUGUGUUCGCUAUGUUCGAUCAGGCCCAAAUUGCCGAGUUUAAGGAAGCUUUUAAUAUGAUCGAUCAGAAUAGAGAUGGUUUCGUUGAAAAAGAGGAUUUGCAUGAUAUGUUAGCUUCUCUUGGAAAAAAUCCGACAGACGAGUAUUUAGAAGCGAUGAUGAACGAAGCACCUGGACCUAUAAAUUUCACUAUGUUCCUUACCUUAUUUGGAGAACGCCUACAAGGAACAGAUCCGGAAGAUGUAAUAAAAAAUGCUUUUGGAUGCUUUGAUGAGGAAAAUAACGGUGUAUUACCCGAGGAUCGAUUGCGCGAACUAUUGACCACAAUGGGAGAUCGUUUCACCGAUGAGGAUGUCGACGAAAUGUAUCGUGAAGCACCUAUCAAACAUGGUCUGUUUGAUUAUAUAGAGUUCACCAGAAUUCUUAAACACGGUGCCAAAGACAAGGAUGAGCAAUAAAGCUUGUAAGCAGACUUCCACAUUCCUCAUAACCGCAUAUUUGAGCAUAUAAAAUUUACCCAAGUUUUCUUUACAUACAUAUAUAAUUACUUCAUCCAUUUCGUGAUGACAAUAAAGUAUAAGGCACGAAAGAUUAGAAAAACAUAA